UUCAGCCUUGAAUGUAUUCUCAUGAUAGGAAUGUGGGUGCGCCAAAGUGACAACUUCCCUUUGACUGUGCGUUUGUUUAGAAACAUGCCUGAAGAAAAGAUAGCAAGAGUAUCUAAACUUGUCAGGGAUUACUAUAUCUUAGUACCUGAUGAUGAAAACGCUGAAGAGGCUAUUAGAACACAAAUGAGGUUGGCUUAUGUUAGAUAUCGAUCUGAGUUGGCGGCGUACUACAGAACGUUUGAUAGUCAUGAGGAAGCUUUGCGACAUCCAUCCCCAAGAAUCCGCAAUGUUGAUGAUUGGGCUUAUAUGUGUGACUUCUUUAACACUAAUGUAAAGUUUAAGGUAUAUAAAAUUUUCUGGUCUUACCCUUUGCAAUGAAUUGACAUUUUAGAUAAUUAUAUUUU